GAGCCCGAUUUUAUGGAAAUGGAACAUGCAGCGGGGCAUUCACACCAGUAACGUCAACCGUUAGGUAACAAAAGCCACCGCAUGUGACCAAGACUGAGGCAGCGAGGUCUUCACCGAGAGCCAAGUUGCCUCCAUCCAUGUUUCUCUGAGCCAUUUUCCGCCACGUCGGCGCAACCAGACAGCCAGAGUACUUGUCAGGUACUCCCUACGACUAGCCAGCCUUUCUCCGUGUGUAACCUUGAUUUUCCUGCCCUUCCACCCCUCAGUGACCUGCACAUCCGUCCCACUACCUCACAUACCUGUAGAGUGGCUCUGUCCCGGUCUGCUGUGGUGGAACACCCGGACUCGCAUCCCGCCAUGCACAGGCAUCUCUCGGCGCAUGCACCAACACGGUCCUUUGUGUUCCCAGCGUUAAGCCCUACGUCAAGCUCACCACAAUGAAAUUUGGGCAUGCCUUUCUCGAGGCGUUGGCCUCGGACAGUUAUCCGCAGCACUGGGUGGACAAGGCGAUCCACUACCGCCAGCUCAAGAAGAUCCUAGCCAAGGUGCGGGACGAACUCAUCCGGAACGGCUACGACCCAGACCGGCUCCACCAGCUGCUGGCCGACCACAACGCCGAAUACCGCCUUGAGACCGACGGCGCUAGUUUGCUAAGGCCGAAGCUAGUUGUGCGACCCAGCCUCAGCACACUUUCGGUCUUGCCGGACCACCGCGCGAGGACGACGGCGACGGAACCCAGACUUUCACCGGAGGCUGGGGCUGAAGCCGAGCUGGGUACUCGUCCUUCUUCAGCGUCUGAUGAUGCCGCCGAUCCCGCCGUCAGCGGUCUGCCUGAGCCAGGUCAGGACCAGGAUCACCAUCACCACCACGAACCCAGAGCCGACGGCGGCGAUAGGGACGAAGAAUGGGUCAAGAUUCCACUGAACUCGGACGCCCGCUUCUUCGGCCUGCUGCAGGCCGAGGUGACCGAGCUGGACUCGCUCCAAAGCUUGGAGCGGCAGUCGAUGAACGACCAAAUCCACGCUCUCGGGAACCAAAUCGCGGGAGUAGCCAAGCCGCACAAGGGGCUCAUCAAGCUGUUCAAGUCGGACCUGUACCGCUGGCGCGAUAUCUUUGAGCUGUACUUGGCCGCGCAGGUGUUUUUCUCCACCAACGAGGCCGCCGGCGGUGUGAGAAAGAGCGAGAAGGCGCGGAAGCAGCUUGUUUGGUUCCAAGACGAAGUCAACAAGCGGGGCCUGCCGCAAAAGUUCAAGAUUCAGUCGAGUGCGGUUGCGUAUAAUCAGUUUCUGGCGCUGAACGCGACCCUGCUGCAAAAUUUGCAGUUUCAGGAGUUGAACCAGACAGCCAUCACCAAGAUAAUCAAAAAAUUCGACAAACGCACGUCUCUCGGGGUCAAGACAACGUUCCCAAAGAUCAUGUACUCUGCCCACUUCAUCUCCGAGGCCAUUUCCAAAGACAUCUGCGCCCAACUGGCCCGGGAGGUGAUCAGCGUGGUCCCCCAGCUGUUGGAUUACACAUGCCCGAUCUGCUACUCCAUCAGCUGGCUGCCUGUCCGGCUCGACUGCGACCACUUGUUCUGCAUACGGUGCAUGAUUAAGCUUCAGAACCAGAACAAGCGCUUCUGUCCACUCUGCCGAGCUGACGUGGUGCAGCGAGCCAACGAGAACCACAUUGACGAGAAGCUGGUGCGGUACCUCGAGCGAUGGUUCCCCAAGGAGACCCAGGAAAAGCAAAGACAGAACGAGUUUGAGCGGCGCAAGGAAUUGUAUGGCAUCUACGCGACCGACCCCAAUGGUCCUCAGUGUACCGUGAUGUGAUUUGGUCGGUGAUAUGGGGCGGUGGCGACCUCGUUUAAAAGGGUUGGUUUCGCGUUUACGGGCGGAAACAAGGCGCACAGAGGGCACAAUCAUGAUACCACGGGUAGCGCGACAGGUAGUGCUCUAAUAGUUUGAUUUGUUUUUGGUUUGUCCAGCCAUUUACUACUGCUCUUGACUU